AUGGAUUUCAACAGCGUCUGCGGACCGGCCGUCCAGUGCGUGAGGACGACGCGCCCCAGGAGCGCGGCGUGCGGCUGCGCCGCCGCGGCGGGGGCGCUGCUGCUGGGGCUGAGCUUCAGCUCCCUCGAGUACACCGAGGUGGGCCUGAACCUGUCCCAUAUCACAAACAACGUCUCGCCGCAAGGCUACACGGCCGGGCUGUACUGCCUCGGCCCUGGCAACUCGUUCAUUAAGUUUCCAGGGACGGUGCAGACCAUCCAGUUCUCGCUGGACCAGGGCUCGGCGGGGCCGCCGAUGCGCUCGCGCACGAGCGACGGCCUGGAGGUGCAGCUGGAGGUGUCGUUCCAGUACCAGCUGAACUUCAGCACUGUCUACGACCUCUACCGGAAGUUCGGCACCCAGUACAAGCCCGUCUUCGUGAACAUGGCCACGGACAUCAUCACCGCCAAGGCUACGGCGUACAACGCGACCGCCUUCUUCAUGGACAGGCCAGCAAUCAGCUUGGCGAUGGAGGACGAGCUGAAGGACCACCCACCGGCGUUCGAGACCGAGGCUUUCUCCUCGGUGCCGUUCUUCCAGCUGCGCUCCGUGUCCUUGCCCUCGGAGUUCGAGCAGGCUAUCCAGGACACCGAGGUCAAGGUGACAUCCAGACGGCCAACGCAGAGUUCCAGACAAGGGGGGUCGAGAUGGACACCAAGAUCUUGCAGGCGCAGCAGACGGCGGCACAGCUUAACAUAA